UGCUUUUUAGAUCAGCUGUGGAAGGCAUGUUGCAAAUUGUUUACCUUUUUCUGUGAUAAUUAAAUGUUUUUUGUGGACGCAACUAUUUUAUAUUGUUAUUAAUUGUCAUCAAUAUUCACCUUUAGAUGGGGAAAGUUAAAAAUAAUGAAACUAAAUCAACCACAUCCUUGGUACCACAAUUAAAAGUCGACUGGCGGGAGCUUAGACGUCAAAAGCAGAAGUGGAAGAAGGAAAAAGAGGACAAGAAAGCUUUGAAACAGGUGAAAGAGGAGGAAAAGAAAAAGGUUGAAGAGGAUAACAAGAAGAAAGAAGAAUCAGAAGGAAUCCAUUAUACAAUUAGCGUUGCCGUUCCUGGUUCAAUAUUGAAUAACGCUCAAUCGCCCGAGCUAAGGUCUUAUCUGAUAGGUCAGAUUGCACGAGCCUGUGUCAUAUUCAAUUGUGAUGAAAUUGUAAUCUAUGAUGAAUAUGCUAUUCCAGAAAGUUUGAAUGACGAAGCCUUGAGGCGUGAUAAUAGGAGAAGAUGUUUAGCACAAAUGGCUAAAGUUUUACAAUAUUUAGAAUGUCCACAAUAUUUAAGAAAACAUUUAUUUCCAUUACACGAGGAUUUGCAAUAUGCAGGUCUUUUAAAUCCACUUGACACCGGUCAUCACCUCAAAGAAUCAGAUGAAUCACGAUUUAGAGAAGGGAUUGUCACCAACAGCGUUCACCCUGACAAAGGAGGUUGCUAUAUUAAUGUCGGCUUAAAGAAGGAUGUUUUCAUCAAAGAAUCGUUAACUCCUGGUUUGCGAGUAACUAUUGAACUGGAUACUGAUCAAUCAUCAAAAAAGUUAAAAGGAAAACCAAUUCCUCCCAGUGGACCAAAAGAUCGAGCAGGUUUAUAUUGGGGCUACAGUGUUCGCUUAGCUUCGAGUUUAUCGGAUGUUAUAGCUGAAUGUCCUUAUGAUGGUGGCUACGAUCUCACUAUCGGAACAUCAGAGCGAGGUGAUAAUGUGGAUGAAAAAAUCGAUUCACUGCCUGAUAAUUUUAAACAUUGUUUGAUUGUUUUUGGUGGUUUAAAGGGUAUUGAAGCAGCUAUUGAUGCUGAUACCAAAUAUUCAAAUAUCGGUGACCCUCGCGAUAUUUUUCAAUUUUAUCUGAAUACAUGUCCGAAUCAAGGAUCUAAUACCAUAAGAACAGAAGAAGCCAUUUUAGUCUCCUUAGCCGCCUUAAGACCUAAAUUAAUGAAACCAAAUAAAAAAUCUUUGACAUAGAUAACAA